AUGACUUCCUUCUUUGGAAAGCUCAAGAGCCAGAAUGCGUCUGCUCCAGCAGUAGGCGCAUCCACCGCCAAAAAGGACGCACAUGCGCCUCUACCUACCCCUCUUGAGCGCAUGCUCGCGAAUGCUGGUCCGAUUCGCAAUGAUGGCAGUGAUAAAUUCUUUGGCAUGGAAAACUUUGGAAACAGCUGUUAUUGCAACUCGAUCCUGCAGUGUCUCUAUUACUCCGUGCCUUUCCGAGAACAUGUCCUUUCGUAUCCGCGCCGGUCCAACCCCGAAGCCGUCGCCUACGCUCAACUGCACGCCCCUCCUCGGGUCCCGCCGAAUCAACAAAACGGGACGGCGAAGAAGCCGCCUGGGCCUGCAUCCGCGCGAAAUGCUGGAACGCCUCCUCAGCAACAGAAGCCAGAAGACAAAGAUUCGCCGGAGUACAAAAAGAAACAGGCGAUUACCACGGGACCCAUUCUGAACAUGACUUAUGAUAAUUCGCAGGAUUAUGACAUGCCAGAAAGCCUUUUCACAUCGCUAAAGGACAUAUUUGAAGCCAUUGUCUUGACUCAAUCAAGGAUGGGGGUCGUGAGUGGGCACAGGUUCCUAGAAGUUCUCCGCAAGGAGAAUGAGAUGUUUAGGUCCGCCAUGCACCAGGAUGCACAUGAAUUUCUAAACCUUCUUCUCAACACUGUCGUGGAGAAUAUCGAAGACCAUGACAGAAAAUUGAUUGCCCAGAAAAAGGGGGAAGAGCCUCCGCCGGCAAUAGAAGAACCAGUCGAUGUGUCAAGAACAGAAUCAGGGACUGUAUCAUUCCCAUCGAUAUUACCGGUCCCGGCAGCGAACUCUCCGACAAAGUGGCUUCAUGGCCUCUUCGAAGGCACCCUCACUUCCGAAACCAGAUGUUUAACCUGCGAAAACGUUUCCCAGCGUGACGAACCUUUUCUAGAUUUGUCGGUUGAUUUGGAACAGCAUUCAUCUGUCACUGCAUGUCUGCGAAGAUUUUCUGAGGAGGAGAUGCUGUGUGAGCGAAACAAAUUUCACUGCGAUAAUUGCGGUGGCCUUCAAGAAGCAGAGAAGCGAAUGAAGAUCAAGAGACUCCCACGGAUUUUGGCUCUACACCUGAAGCGUUUCAAGUAUACCGAAGAUUUCGGGCGUUUGCAGAAGUUGUUCCACAAAGUCGUGUACCCUUAUCAUUUAAGGCUCUUCAACACCACGGACGAUGCAGAGGAUCCCGAUCGAGUCUACGAGCUUUAUGCAGUGGUUGUUCACAUUGGUGGUGGACCGUACCAUGGCCAUUAUGUCGCCGUCAUCAAGACCCAGGAUCGGGGCUGGCUGCUUUUCGACGACGAGAUGGUUGAACCUGUGGACAAGAACUUUGUCCGCAACUUUUUUGGAGAUAAACCGGGUCUUGCAUGCGCCUACGUGCUGUUCUAUCAGGAGACGACACUUGAAGCGGUCCAAAAGGAGCAGAGGAUGGAAGGAAAGAGACGAGCUUCGCAAGAUCUGACCACUCCUUUGAGUGCCGAGGCUAAACGCUCAGCAGAGUUGCACCGUGUUGAGACCUUCAGUCCACUGAGCUCUCCGGUGUCGCCUGCAGAAUCUGCACAAUUUGCAGUGCUCGAUCAUGCUGUAACGGCACCAGCUCAAUUCAAAGCCAAUGGCCAUGUCGAAACACCUCAAUCGCCUCCACUCACUACCGUUAGACCUACAAGCCCCGUAGUGCAAAGCAAGAAAGAAAGAGCUAAAGAAGAGAAGGCACGGAAAGCCGCAGAAAAACAGGCGGAGAAGGAGAGACAAGAAGCCGAACGACAACGCCGUAAAGAGCUGGCCAAUAAAAUCACGGAAGCCCACAAGAGACAAGAAGCAGAGCUCAAGGCGGCAUUGGAAGCGAGUAGGGCUACAAAGGCCGAGGAGGAUAAGCGGAACGCCCUCGAAAGAGCACACACCAUGCAAGCAAACGGAAGCAGUCCUUCGGGGCUGGAUCGGUUCAAACGAUCGAAGAGUUUACGAUUUGGGUCCCUAACUAAGAGGGACAAGCCACCAUCAAAUCCCUCCGAGGAGCAUAUUGUUCCCCCAGUGUCAACGGACGGUACGGAGCCUGCAGGAAAAGAGAAGGAGAAGAAAAAUCGUUUCAGCAUUCGAAAGAAGUCGUUCGGCGUGUUAUCAUCAUCAUGA